AUUUUUGUUUUGCAUUUAUUAGUUUGUAAUUAAUUGUUGAACCGCUCUGUCAAUGAUGUUAAGAAGUCCGGCUUUUUAGACUGACUCGCUAGGUGUGCGCGUAGCUGGAUAGCUUAGCCAGCGUUAGCAUAGACAGGCAACGUCAACAUUACACGGCUAAUCUGUUAGCCAGGUUAGCAUCUUUUUAGAUCUUUCUCGACACUGAGCUAACCAAUUACACCAGGUAGUCACAGCCUGGGAUCUCUGAAAUGGACAUGAAGACACUGUAAUUGCAGACUAACCCUCAGCUAGGUCUCGAACAGACUGCUGCUUUGAAAGAAUGAUCCUCUCUCACUGAUGAAAAUAUUCCUAACUGUCCAUCAUGAACAGUGAAGAGGAGUUUUAUGAUGCAGAGACAGGUUUGGAAUCAGAUGACUCCUGUGAAGUCAGCUUUAAAGAUGCCUCUGGGUUCGAAAAAAAACAGUCAUCUAAUGGCUGUGUGCGAUCAGAGAAUGGAGUGUCGGAACGAAGGACAACCCUCCCUGCCCCCAUGUUUUCCAGACAUGACUUCAGUAUUUGGGGCUUCCUGAAGAAAUGCAUAGGGAUGGAGUUGUCCAAGAUAACUAUGCCAGUGGUUUUUAAUGAGCCACUGAGCUUUCUUCAGAGACUUACAGAAUACAUGGAACACACAUACCUCAUUCAUAAAGCUUGCACACUAUCUGAUUCUAUAGAGCGUAUGCAGCUUGUUGCUGCAUUUGCUGUGUCUGCUGUGGCGUCACAGUGGGACAGAACUGGAAAACCUUUUAACCCUUUGCUGGGAGAGACCUAUGAGCUCAUAAGGGAAGAUGAGGGAUACCGGUUGAUGUCUGAGCAGGUUAGCCACCAUCCCCCAGUUAGUGCUUUUUACGCUGAAUCACUUAGCCAAGAUUUUCAGUUCCACGGCUCUAUCUAUCCCAAACUGAAGUUCUGGGGCAAAAGUGUAGAAGCAGAACCGAAAGGAACUAUGACACUAGAGCUAUCUAAGCACAAGGAGGUUUACACAUGGGCAAACCCUAUGUGCUGUGUGCAUAAUGUCAUCAUAGGCAAAUUGUGGAUCGAACAGUAUGGAACAGUAGAGAUCAUCAACCACAGCACCGGGGACAAGUGUGUCCUUGCUUUUAAGCCUUGCGGUAUGUUUGGCAAAGAACUGCACCGGGUGGAAGGUCAUAUCCUUGACAAGAGUAAGAAGAAGCGGCGUAUUCUGUAUGGGAAGUGGACAGAGUGUCUUUACGCCAUAGAUCCAAAGGUCUAUGAAACAAAUAAGAAGGCAGACAAGAAAAGUGGAGAUUUGAAGAAACACAAGCAGGAACAAAGUACUGGUAGUGGUGCUGAUGAUGCUGAUGAAAUGCCAGAGGUUCAGGAAACAGUCACUAUGAUCCUUGGCAGUACAUUAUUGUGGAGGAUAACCCCUAGACCUGCACACUCGAGCCAGAUGUAUAAUUUCACCAGCUUUGCCAUGAUGCUCAAUGAACUGGCUCCUGGCAUGGAGGGUAUCAUAGCACCAACAGACUGCCGCCUGCGUCCAGACAUAAGAGCAAUGGAAAAUGGAGACAUAGACACUGCGAGUCAAGAAAAGGAGCGACUUGAAGAAAAACAACGGGCUGCACGUAGAGAACGUGCUAAUAAUGAGGAGGAGUGGUCCACCAGAUGGUUCCAGCAGGGCACAAAUCCUUAUACAGGAACCUCAGACUGGAUCUACACAGGUGGUUACUUUGACAGGAAAUACUCUGACCUCCCUGAUAUCUACUGAUUGGAAAAAGAGCAAGUUUGCUUAUACCUCUGGUCUUUUCGUCACCUGGUCCUUAUCAUUAUCUACUCACAAAGAGCCUUUAUUUUUUUUUAUAGUAUUAUUUUUUUCUUUCAGCUAUCAAUAUGUGAGACAUACAUGAAUAGUUCACUGAACUUAUUAACAACAUCUCUUCUGCCUACAUUUCAACCAAAUCUUUAUAUUUAAAAUCUAAAACCCAGAACUUAAUAUGGCUGAUUUCUUUUUUUUUUUUUUUAUGUAGGAAAUGCAGUAUGCUUUCCCCACUCCCACACGUAAUUUACUUUUAUGGUAAAACACAUAGGUAAGACUAAGUUCAUGUAUAGUGAUUAAUGCACAAAUCGGGCUCCUCAUCAUAUGUUAUGCUUGUUAUACUCAGGUGUUUUAUGGAUACACUAUAUUAUUGAUGGCUUGUUACUACAGCAAUGGAGAUUUUUACAUUAACAGCAAUGGAGAUUUAUGAGACUCUUUUAGCUUUUUAUGGUCAGACUAAUGCAGCUAUUGUAUCAUUACUAUGAUAGCUAAUAAAUUGUCCAGUAUUAUGACCUCUGUAAGUGUAAGCAACACUUUGGGAUGUCCAGCUAAACCAGUAGUACAUUUAAAAUUUAGUAGAUUCAGUAGAUGAAUGAUUAAUAUCUCUUAAAUAAUAAAUCCCAUUAUAAUCUUUCGGGAACAACUUCUGUUUCUCGCUGUUGAUACACAGGAAUUUCCCAAAAGUUGCAUGCUCAUUUCUCACAUGCAUGCUUUAUGACUAGCCAAAUAUAAAAGCUGCUUAUUGACCAUAAUUAUGAAUGAGGGUUUUUUUCUAAUGGUGUAGAAAGUAAUUAACAACUUUAAACAGCAGAGACGUCUAGUGUAUCCUUAUGUUGAGAUUUUAAGUUGAUUAUAGUUGCCAAAGCGACUUUUCUUUUGUGGAAACUAAAGCCAUAAACUCAUGAGGACUGCAUAUGUGUGUGUGUAGACAGUCUCACACACCUAUGUACAGGCUUCAUUUAAAGGAAAUGUGCUAUAUAUGUUUGGGUGCUAUAUGUGUUUUCAGCACUAGUUAAGAAUAUUUCACCCUAACAUAGAGUCAAAUUGUAUAAACUACUCAACUGCUGCUUGGUAGAGCCUGAACAAUUUUUAAAUAACUAAUGUUUGUGUGUUCCUGAAAGACUAAAAAAUAGGUAAAUGGGAAUAGUGCACUACCACAAGAUGUUUCAAAUGAGCUUUUUGAUUAUAUUUUUUUUUAUCUAUUUCUGUGCAAUUUUCUCUGUCACCGACUCUCUUGUGCGUACACACACAGAAAACACACAAAUGAAACAGUCUAUGCAAACAUUCAUCAGAAUGUAAAUUUUAUCUUUAGAAAAUUUAAUGUGACAUUCUUUUGCAACAGUAUUGAGAAUGUUUAUAUAUUCCACUGGAGUUUAACUUUGCAAACAAAGGGCUUGUGUUUUUGUCCCAUCCAAUAAUUCUGUGUAUGCCCAUCUUGGUCUCACGCAGCUUGUUGUUAUUGUUUUUUUGUUUUUUUGUUUUUUUUUUUAAAUCUCACACUGGCCCUUUGUGUAAAGCUUGAACUUCAUUGAGCGUUUGCUUAGAUUUGUAAACAGUUUUUGGCCAAAGCGGUAUUUUUGACCUAAACUGUCACUGAUGUAUGUUUUGCUGGAUUCAGCUGCAUUUGACCAGAACAGUUAGUUGCUCACCAAAGAGUGCACAGGUAGCAACUUGUACAUGUUCCAUAUAGAUGUACAUGGGAGAAUUAGGUCAUUCAGUAUAUUACGGGAGGUUUCCAAAUGCACCAUUUGUAUUUCAUCAUAUAUUAUUGUACUUUAAUGUAAAUUAAGUGACAGUUUAAUGAUUCUAUAUAUAUAUAUAUAUAUAUAUAUAUAUAUAUAUAUAUAUAUAUAUAUAUAUAUAUGAAUAUAUGAAUAUUAGUCAAUACUGUUCUUAUACAUCAGCAUUAAAGGAACAGUCAUAAAGGUCACUGAUGUAAUGUGAACUUUAAAAAGUGUUACAAUGUGAAACUCUGAAGGUUGACAUUAGGGUAAAUCUCUGCCAGGUCCUACAGAGUGCAGCUACAUAAAGCAUACUUUGUCAAUAUGGUAAGUGAAGUAGUUGGAUUUAUGUUGUUACUAAUGAUCAACGCUGUAUAUAAAAAUACAGUUGUUAUUUUAUGGAUUCCACUGCAUCACAAACAGACAACACAAAAUGAACUAUGUAGGCUUUAUAUAGUUGCACUUAAAAUAACUUUUCUUAUAUUUUGUAUAGAUCAUAUUAAUUGUCUAACGUGAUGUAAAAUCUGAUCCUUCAAAAUGAGCAAUAUUAAAUGUAAAAUAGCAAACAAAUAAAUUCCAGUAAAUACUGGG